AUGGUAUCAGAUAUUUCUGAUCCCGCUUCUGCUCCCAUGGAGCACGACGACGGCGACGCUCCGCCUGCUGUCCCCCUCGCCGCCGCUCCACCUGCAGCCCCUCCUGCUCCUGCACCACCUGCUCCUGCAGUCCCUGCUGCUCCCCCGUCAUCUGCACCAGCCCUCGCCGUGGCAACCGCCCCAGUCCCACCUGCUGCUCUGCCUGCGUCGGCCAUGGUGGCCGUGGCGCCCCCACCUCCCUCCAUCCCCUCGUCGGUGCUGCAAACCGUCGACAUCCGCCGCCAUGUUCCAGUCACGCUGGACCUCCUCGCCGGCAACUACACCCGAUGCCGCCGCCACUUCGACACCGUCAUCGGGAUGUUUGGGCUUCGCGACCAUGUCGAUCCCGAGGCGCUCCCCCGUCUCGACCACCCCGAGUGGCUCAUGGCCGACCAUGUCGUCGUGCACUGGCUCUACACCACCAUCGCGUCGGAGCUCCUCGAUGCCGUCAUGCACCCCGAGGACACGGCGAUCGCCGUGUGGACCGCCAUCGACGGCCUGUUCCGCGACAACCACCUCGCCCGCGCCGUCUACGUCGACGCCGAGUACCACGCCGCCGUCCAGGGAGACAUGUCGGUCAUGCAGUACUGCACCAAACUCAAGAACUUCACCGGCCAACUCCGGGACCUGGGCCAGCCGGUCACUGACACGCGCCAGGUUUUCCACCUCCUGCGCGGCCACAACCGUCAGUACCACUCCGUCAUUCCCCAUGUGACGUCGCAGGUGCCCCUCCCCUCCUUCCUUCAGGUGCGCUCCUUCCUCCUUCUGGAGGAACACCGCGCCGAAUAG